CUUGAUCCUCUCCUUCUCAAAUUGUACCCUUGGAUGUGCUUUGGUCAGACAUGCAAAUUGAUAGUUUGCAAGUAUAGUUGUUUUUCAUGUUUUACUGGACCGCACAGAUAUUGGCACGGGGAUAACUAUCAUUUGACGUUUUUGAGUUGUUUUCCAUUCUUAACUCAGGAUGGCACAGAAUGGAUAUUCAGCGGCCGGCCUGCUUUACAUGUUAGCUUUCUUUCUUCAGCUGCUUCGCAUCGGUAACGGAGACAUGAGCUUUUCUAUCCCUGAAGAAAUGAAACCUGGAUCUGUAAUAGGAAAUAUAGCAAAGGACCUCGGGUUGAACGUGGGGAAAUUAUCGACUCGAAAGGCCCGCAUUGACAGCGAUCUGAAUCGGGAACGGUACUGUGACAUCAAUCUUAACACUGGAGAUUUGAUUGUAGCUGAAAGAAUCGACAGAGAGGCGCUUUGUGGCGAAAAGGCAUCCUGUAUCCUUAAAUUUGAGUUAAUCUUAGAGGCCCCUCUGGAGUUGCACCGCAUUUCACUUCAAAUACAAGAUAUUAACGACAAUCCGCCUGUUUUUAGUAAAGAUGAAAUCAAGAUAGAAAUUAAUGAAUUGGCUAUGAAAGGAUCUCGCUUCCGUGUCUUGGAGGCACACGAUAUGGAUAUCGGGCAAAACGCUGUUCAAAGUUAUGCAUUACAGACGAAUAACUAUUUAAUGUUGAAAAUUCAUUCAGAAUCAGAUGGGGGAAAGUAUGCAGAGCUAGUGUUGAAUAAGGAGCUAGACCGCGAGGAACAGCAGGAAUUGAGAUUAUUGCUCACUGCACUAGAUGGAGGCAGUCCUCAAAGAAGUGGCACUGCAACUGUGCAUGUGACUGUACUGGAUGCUAAUGAUAACGCCCCAGUGUUUAGCCAAACAGUGUAUAAAGCCUUUCUGCCUGAAGACUCUCCUCUAGAUGCUGUAGUGGUUACAGUGGUUGCCACUGAUGCAGAUGAAGGUGUAAAUGGCGAGGUAACUUAUGAAAUAAGUCGUAUUUCAGAAACGGGUAGAAGAGCGUUUGCUUUAAACCGCAACACAGGAGAGAUGAAAGUUAUAGGGCCUUUAGAUUUCGAGAAAGAGUCAAUUUAUGAAAUGCGUGUAGCCGCCAAAGAUGGAUAUGGCCUUACCUCUGAUUCUAAAGUGACAAUUGAAAUCUCCGAUGUUAAUGACAACCCACCUGAGAUCAAUUUAAAAUCUCUCAAUAACCCCAUACCUGAGAACGUGUCACCUGGUACAGGGGUGGGAAUCAUUAACGUGCAGGACAGAGACUCUGAGACUAACGGACAGGUUCGCUGCUCCAUUCAGCAAGGUGUCCCUUUUAAGUUGGUUCCUUCUAUUAAAAACUAUUAUUCUCUGGUGACCACAGGACAACUGGACCGUGAACUAGUGUCUGAUUACAACAUUACAAUCACUGCCACUGACGAGGGCUCUCCACCUCUGUCCUCCUCUAAAACUGUUCAGUUAUCUGUAGCAGACAUCAACGACAACCCACCUGUGUUUGAGGAACAGUCGUACAGCGCAUAUGUGAGUGAAAAUAACAAACCUGGCUCCACUUUAUGUUCCGUUAGUGCUCGAGACCCCGACUGGAGACAAAACGGUACAGUGAUUUAUUCUCUGUUACCCGGUGAGGUGAACGGUGCCCCGGUGUCCUCCUAUCUGUCUGUUAACGGAGACACGGGGGUGAUCCACGCUGUGAGGUCGUUUGAUUAUGAACAGUUGAGGAGUUUUAAAGUCCAGGUGAUGGCCAGAGACAACGGUUCUCCUCCGCUCAGCAGCAACGUGAGCGUCAGUGUGUUCAUAUCGGAUGUGAAUGACAACUCUCCUCAGAUACUGUACCCCGCCCCGGAGGGCAACUCCUUCAUGACCGAGCUGGUCCCCAAAGCUGCACACGGAGGCUCUCUGGUGUCCAAAGUGAUCGCGGUGGACGCGGACUCCGGACAGAACGCCUGGCUGUCCUAUCAUAUAGUGAAGUCCACUGAUCCGGGACUUUUCACUAUUGGUCUCCACAGCGGAGAGAUCAGGACCCAGCGGGACAUUUCUGAGUCUGACAGCAUGAAACAGAACCUGAUUGUGUCAGUGAAAGAUAACGGACAGCCCUCUCUCUCUGCCACCUGUUCCAUGUAUUUACUGAUUUCUGAUAACUUGGCUGAGGUGCCAGAACUGAAGGACAUUUCUUAUGAUGAGAAGAAUUCCAAACUGACCUCUUAUCUGAUCAUCGCUCUGGUGUCUGUGUCCACCUUUUUCCUGACCUUCAUCAUCAUCAUCCUGGGUGUGAGGUUCUGUCGCAGGAGAAAGCCCAGACUGUUGUUUGAUGGAGCAGUAGCCAUCCCCAGCGCUUAUCUCCCUCCUAACUACGCAGAUGUUGACGGCACAGGAACUUUACGCAGCACUUACAAUUAUGACGCGUACCUGACAACAGGUUCAAGAACCAGUGACUUUAAGUUCGUGACAUCAUACAAUGACAACACACUGCCUGCUGACCAGACUCUGAGGAAAAGUCCUUCUGACUUUGCUGAAGUGUUUGGUCCAUCAGAUGAGUCUCCAGAGGAAGAUAUCAUGGGCCACGGAGGGAGAUCGUUGCUGAUUCUUUUCGGCGUCUUUGCUGUCUUUGUCCACAUCGCCACUGCAGAUCUCAGCUAUUCUGUGCCGGAGGAGAUGAGGCCCGGAUCCAUUGUUGGAAAUAUCGCCAAGGACCUCGGGCUGGAAGUGGGGAAAUUGUUCACUCGUAAAGCCCGUAUUGAUACUGAGGAAAGCUAUCAGCAUUACUGCGACAUUGAUCUAAAAACAGGAAAUGUUGUCAUCAGGGAAAAGAUUGACAGAGAGGAGCUCUGUGGGGAGAAGGUUUCAUGUAUGAUUAAAUUUGAAUUGGUCCUGGAGAGCCCGUUGGAGCUACACCGCAUUUCACUGCUUAUUCAGGAUGUAAACGACAAUUCACCCGUUUUUCCAAAGGAUACAAUUAAACUGGAAAUAAGCGAAUUGGCCAUGAAGGGAGUUCGAUACCGUGUUAAUGAAGCUCACGACGCGGACAUCGGACAAAAUACAGUUAAACAAUACAGCUUACAAAAGAAUGAAUACUUUGUUUUAUCUGUUCGAGAGGAUGCCGAUGGAUCUAAGAACGUUGAGUUAGUAUUAGACAAAGAGUUAGAUCGUGAAAAGGAACACGAUUUAAAUUUCGUGAUGAUUGCUGUUGAUGGUGGCAACCCACAAAGAUCAGGGACAACCAAUAUACACGUGACUGUGCUGGAUGCUAAUGAUAACGCCCCAGUCUUUGACCAAGCCUUGUACAAAGCCAGUCUACCUGAAAACGCUGCCCUUGAUACUGUAGCUGUCACUGUAAGUGCUACUGAUGCAGACGAGGGAGUCAAUGGGGAGGUGACAUAUGAGUUUAGCCGCAUAUCAGAAAGAGCUAAAAAGGUUUUCUCACUAAACAGUAAAACUGGAGAGAUAAAAGUCACAGGACCACUUGAUUUCGAGAGUAAUUCUAAAUAUGAAAUGCGUAUCGAUGCCAAAGAUGGUUAUGGGCUUUCAUCUGAUUCCAAAGUAAUGAUUGAAAUCACUGAUGUGAAUGAUAACGCUCCAGUAAUAUAUAUGAAAUCUUUGAUGAGCCCCAUACCUGAGAACGUGUCACCUGGUACAGAGGUGGGCAUCAUUAACGUGCAGGACAGAGACUCUGAGACUAACGGACAGGUCCGCUGCUCCAUUCAGCAAGGUGUCCCUUUUAAGUUGGUUCCUUCUAUUAAAAACUAUUAUUCUCUGGUGACCACAGGACAACUGGACCGUGAACUAGUGUCUGAUUACAACAUUACGAUCACUGCCACUGACGAGGGCUCUCCACCUCUGUCCUCCUCUAAAACUGUUCAGUUAUCUGUAGCAGACAUCAACGACAACCCACCUGUGUUUGAGGAACAGUCCUACAGCGCAUAUGUGAGUGAAAAUAACAAACCUGGCUCCACUUUAUGUUCCGUUAGUGCUCGAGACCCCGACUGGAGACAAAACGGUACAGUGAUUUAUUCUCUGUUACCCGGUGAGGUGAACGGUGCCCCGGUGUCCUCCUAUCUGUCUGUCAACGGAGACACGGGGGUGAUCCACGCUGUGAGGUCGUUUGAUUAUGAACAGUUGAGGAGUUUUAAAGUCCAGGUGAUGGCCAGAGACAACGGUUCUCCUCCGCUCAGCAGCAACAUGAGCGUCAGUGUGUUCAUAUCGGAUGUGAAUGACAACUCUCCUCAGAUACUGUACCCCGCCCCGGAGGGCAACUCCUUCAUGACCGAGCUGGUCCCCAAAGCUGCACACGGAGGCUCUCUGGUGUCCAAAGUGAUCGCGGUGGACGCGGACUCCGGACAGAACGCCUGGCUGUCCUAUCAUAUAGUGAAGUCCACUGAUCCGGGACUUUUCACUAUUGGUCUCCACAGCGGAGAGAUCAGGACCCAGCGGGACAUUUCUGAGUCUGACAGCAUGAAACAGAACCUGAUUGUGUCAGUGAAAGAUAACGGACAGCCCUCUCUCUCUGCCACCUGUUCCAUGUAUUUACUGAUUUCUGAUAACUUGGCUGAGGUGCCAGAACUGAAGGACAUUUCUUAUGAUGAGAAGAAUUCCAAACUGACCUCUUAUCUGAUCAUCGCUCUGGUGUCUGUGUCCACCUUCUUCCUGACCUUCAUCAUCAUCAUCCUGGGUGUGAGGUUCUGUCGCAGGAGAAAGCCCAGACUGUUGUUUGAUGGAGCAGUAGCCAUCCCCAGCGCUUAUCUCCCUCCUAACUACGCAGAUGUUGACGGCACAGGAACUUUACGCAGCACUUACAAUUAUGACGCGUACCUGACAACAGGUUCAAGAACCAGUGACUUUAAGUUCGUGACAUCAUACAAUGACAACACGCUGCCUGCUGACCAGACUCUGAGGAAAAGUCCUUCUGACUUUGCUGACCCGUUCGACGAUUUAGAGCCGUCUGUAGAGGUAGGAACCUUUUCAAUGUUCACUGGAUACAUCAUUUAA